AUGAAUAGCUCAUAUAAUAGUUCUUAUAGUAGUGGUGGUACAGCAUCAAGUAUGAGAGAUCAAGGUUACAGCAGAGAUAGAGAUAACCAUAGAGGUGGUGGCGGUGGUUAUGAUGGCGAAAGAAGAUCAUCAUCCUAUGAUGAAAGAGAAAGAGGAUCAUCAUAUACAAACAGAGAUAACCAUAGAGACCAUGGCGGUAAUAGAGAAAGGGAUCAUCAUAGAGAAAGAGAUUAUAAUGGUAGAGAUCAUCCAAGAGACCAUGGUGGCAAUAGAGAAAGAGAUCAUCACAGAGAAAGAGAUUAUGGUGGUGGUGGUAGAGAUCAUCCAAGAGACCAUGGUGGUAAUAGAGAUAGAGACCAUAGAGAUUAUAGAGAUCAUCAUCACCAUAGAGAUAGUAGAGAUCAUGGUAGAGAUCGUUAUGAAGGUGGUAGAGAUAGAUUCAGAACUGAUCGUUUCAGAGAUGACAGAAGAGGUGGCCAUGAUCGUUUCAGAGACGAUAGAAGAGGUGGUGAUAGAGGUUUAAAAAUUGAUUCAACUUGUUACAAUUGCAGAAAGCCAGGUCAUUUUGCUCGUGAUUGUGCUGAAAAACCAAGAAAUCCAAAUUAUUUAGAUACUAAAGGCACUUUAAAAUUUCAUCCAUAUAAUGGCAGAAAUGGUAAUUAUUCACCACGUAGAAGAUAUGACAAUGGUGAGCCAAGAAGAGAAAGAGAUUUUGAUGAUAAUGGUAAUCAAGAUAAUGAAAGAUCACCAAAUAGAGAUAGAGAAAGAGAUUUUGACGGCAAUGGUCAAAGUAGUAAUAGUAAUAGUAGUAAUAACAAUAGAGAUGAAGAAAGAUCACCAAAUAGCAGGGAUGGCGAUGUAUCACCAAGAAGAGACCCAUCCCCAAGAGGCAUUUCACCAAAUAGAGAAAAUUAUAAUGGUAAUAAUAGCAGUGGUACCUCAUCUCCAGGUAAUAAUGAUGAUGAAAGAAAAGAUGAUAGAGAUGAUUAA